CUCUCAUCCCAAUCACCCCACCAUCUUCUUAUCUUCGCCCACGCGACUGGUCCGACUGCUCUCUUUUUGAUUGCCGCCGAGCUCGGGAGGGCCGCCAUCCAGCAGCCACACAGACCUUUCACCCAAAGCUCUGACACAACUCGCGUUUUGGUCCACCCCUGUCCGCACCAGGGCCCUGGGCCGACGCUCCCGCCAGCCGUCCAGGGGGUCCAGCCGAUGGGCCAGCACAUCCAACUCGAACAUGUCAGGCACGGUAGGACCCGCCCUUUCCGACGAUCGGCUAGGGGGCAUCCCAUCAGUCAGGCUCCUGCCAACCCUGCCUUCCGUGCGCGGCCAUGGCGAGCCUCACGGGCUGCUUCCCCCUGCGACAGGGCCUGCCCUGCCGGGCGAGUCUGACGUCUGGUUGCUCUUCCUUAGCUUAUAUCUCGCCGUUCCUCGUAUGGAGGCCGGGCUGUGCCACCCCCAGAUAUCGAUCGUACUAAUGAAUCCUGGAUUUUCUUCUUUGAUCAUCACCACGCCCGAUCCCAAGGUCUAGGCUCCCAACGACCCCACACGAACUGAUCAAAGCCGCUUUUUGGAAUUAUCAACAUUGCCACAGAGAAACGAAAAAGAAAGUACAUUCUACACCAUCUGUCGACCCGCGAGCUAGCAAGGGACCACGGAGAACGAACGAGGGAGUCGAGGAAAAAAGCAAGUGACAGAUCGACAUACAACCACGACGAGCAAGGACAAACAACGAAAAGCACUAGGGCUAGGAGGAGGAGACGGACGAUAGCCGUUGAGGAGACGUGGGCGGACCACGCAGCUGUUCCCCGCUGUCGGCCACUAUUGCGAGCUACGCACGCUACCAAAAAAAAAAAGAAAAAAUGGUGCCAAAAAGCACUUGCUCAAUCAGGCCGUCGACCCUGCUCGCCCAAGCCGUCCUCCUCAUGGCCUCGUCGGUCUCGGCCCUGACGCUCUCCGACUUCCAGUCCAUUGCGUCCACCAACGUGCCGCUGGGUUGCAUCAUGGCCUACAACAGGAGCCCCCUCGCGGGGUGCUCGCAGUCCGACUUCACGGCCGGGAGCGGGUGCGGCUCGAGGUGCGUGCGCUCGCUGGGUCUGAUGCAGACGACGCUCCAGAUCGUGUGCGACGGCGCGUCGGUGCCCGCCGGAUCGGUCCUGCGCGCCGCCCUGCAGGGCUCGCUCGUCGACACGCUGUGCGGCCGGGGCCUGCAGCCGCCGCAGACGACCAGCAUCACGACGAGGUUGGUGCUGCCGCCGUCGACGUCGAUAUUACCACCACCUCCUGCCACCACAUCAACGCGCAGGAUACCGCCACCAUCACAACCACCACUGUCGUCCACUUUUAUAACGACUUCUGUGGCGACGUCUGUAACGACGUCGAGAGGUUCACCGAGUCUCACACCGAUACCGGUGACGCCAGUCAUACCGCCGCCGCUAUCGUCAAGCGGGUCUUCAGAGAACGGGACCCCCGUGACGCCUCUACCGACAGGGACUCCCGCAACAACCAGCACACGGAGGCCACAGGAGACGGCGACAGCUCUUCCACAGACGCCAGGCCAGGGUGGCCAAAGAGGUGGCGGAAGCCCAUUCGAUCCCGUCGUGGUGGCCGGGGCGCAACACGCGCUACUCAUCAACCCGAUGGCGGUCCUUGCAUGGGCGUCUGCCGUCGGCCUGCUCGUCAUAGAGGGGGUCGUGCCCUGAGAAGGGCGGAUUGUGAGGUUCCCCAGAUGGGGGACCAGGGAAACCCUAUUAGGCACCAAGAGCGCGAUCCGCACGGAACCAAAUCGGUUCCGGCGCCUGCGCCACCAAUAAUGGGGGCCAGGAGAUAACACGGCUUUCCUGCAGCCUGCCUUGGAGCGGUUGCAGAUGUGCCUGGAGACAGCCUCCAUUCUGUUUAAUGUAUUUCUGAGACUCAAAUGUCGCGCACAGUGCCAACAAAAAGAACGGGCCAAAAAUCAAGCGGUUCCCCAGAGACACGACGACGAAAGGGAUCAGCGAAGAAAAGUCGGGAUGGCAGGAAAUGAGCUGAACAAGAAACUUCCCGCCCGAGGAAGAAAUGGGGUAAUAGAUUCGUAAAGUUAGUUUAAAGAAGCUGAAGAAUCAUAUGUGGGAUUUGCUGCCG